GCGGGCUAUGCGCUGCGGUGCCAGGCUGGAGCUCCGCGUGGGGCUGGGACCUCCGGACACCGCCACGGCCGCGCCAUCGGGUCCCAACGGCAAAGCGGGUGGCUUGAAGCCAUAUAUUUUAUCGCCUUCAUGGAGAUCAGUAAAGAUAUUACAAACCAAGAAGAACUUUGGAAAAUGAAUUCUAAGAGAAAUCUAGAAGAUGACAAUUAUUCGACUAAGGACAUAGGAGAGACUAGCAUGCUGAAAAGACCUGGGCCCUUGCCUUUGCAGCACACAGCCCACUAUGAUGCAUUUGACUGCCCCUCAGAGUUCCAGCGCACACAGGAGCUCUUUCCAAAUUGGCGCUUGCCAAUGAAAAUAGCUGCUAUAGUAUCAUCUCUGACUUUCCUGUACACUCUCCUGAGGGAAAUCAUUUUCCCUUUAGUAACUUCCCAUCAAUUGUAUUUUUAUAAAAUUCCAAUUCUGGUCAUCAACAAAGUCUUGCCAAUGGUCUCCAUUACCCUCUUGGCACUGGUGUAUUUGCCAGGAGUGAUCGCAGCAGUUGUACAGCUUCAGAAUGGAACCAAGUAUAAGAAAUUCCCACCGUGGUUAGACAGGUGGAUGCUGACAAGGAAGCAGUUUGGGCUCCUCAGUUUCUUUUUUGCUGUGCUACAUGCAGUUUAUAGUCUGUCUUAUCCAAUGAGGCGAUCCUACAGAUACAAGUUGCUAAACUGGGCAUACCAACAGGUCCAACAAAACAAAACAGAUGCUUGGAUUGAACAUGACGUUUGGAGAAUGGAAAUUUAUGUGUCCCUGGGGAUUAUAGGACUUGCCAUACUGGCCCUCUUGGCUGUGACAUCUAUUCCCUCUGUGAGUGACUCUCUGACAUGGAGAGAAUUUCAGUAUAUUCAGAGCAAGCUAGGAAUCAUGUCCCUUCUUCUGGGUACAGUGCACGCUUUGAUUUUUGCCUGGAAUAAAUGGGUAGAUAUCAAACAAUUUGUAUGGUGUAUGCCUCCGACUUUCAUGAUAGCUAUUUUCCUUCCAAUUGUUGUCCUGGUAUGUAAAAUCAUACUGCUCCUGCCCUGCUUGAGGAAGAGGAUACUGAAGAUUAGAUGUGGUUGGGAAGAUGUCAGCAAAAUAAACAAAACUGAGAUGUCCUCCCAGUUGUAGAAUUGUUUCCACACAUUUGUGCAAUGUUGAUAUGUUUUAUCAUAAACCGUUAAAAUUUGUAAUUGUUAAUAAAGUGACUACUUCAAGAUC